CGCACAGUCCUAUCUAAAAACGAGAAAUAAAAUCCGUUGAUAGGCGUUAUUCUUGUCUCGUUUUCACAUUCAGCAUAGUAGUUUUUUAUGUUCUAAAAACGAUCAAAUCAAAUUCAUGUUUAUUUUUCUUUGAAAUUACUUUUCCAUUUGAUAUUAUUUUAAUCCUAAGAGAACAAUAUUUUACUUGUAAAAAUGAGGACAAAUUUGAUAUCUCAAGUUCGAAGUUUGUCACAGUUUCCGCCAAGGAGAAGAGUUGUAGUUACAGGGUUAGGAGUGGUUGCUCCGCUGGGAUCAGGUACAGAAGUAGUAUGGCAAAAAUUGUUACAAGGGGGAAGUGGCAUUGUUCCUCUUCAAGGAGAAGAAUACUCUAAAUUACCAUGUAAGGUAGCAGGCCUUAUACCAAAGGAUGACACGGUUACAAAAGCUUUGUCCAAAUCUAAUUUGAGGUCCAUGGCACCAGCCACUUGCUUGGCCCUAGUAGCGACCGCAGAGGCAUUGACGGACGCUAAAUGGCUUCCUGAGACUGAAGCCGACAAAGAGGUCACAGGUGUAGCUUUAGGAAUGGGAAUGAUUGACCUUAAAGAUGUCUGCGAUACUAAUGAUGCCUUAAAAUCAGGUUACAAUAAAGUUAGCCCCUUUUUCGUUCCUAGAAUAUUACCUAACAUGGCUGCAGGACAGAUAAGUAUAAAAUAUGGCUUCAGAGGGCCUAACCAUGCUGUGUCAACUGCCUGCGCAACAGGAGCUCACUCAAUAGGGGAUGCUUUCAGAUUCAUAAGGAAUGGAGAUGCAGACGUUAUGGUUUGCGGCGGCGCUGAGGCUUGCAUCAGCCCACUCGCAAUAGCUGGUUUUUGUAGACUAAGGGCUUUGAGCACUUCAUUUAAUGACAACCCAACAAAAGCUUCAAGGCCAUUUGACAAAAAAAGAGAUGGAUUUGUUAUGGGUGAAGGAGCUGCUGUGCUGGUCAUCGAAGAACAUGAACAUGCAGUAAAACGAAAUGCAAAAAUAUAUGCAGAAAUAUUGGGUUAUGGACUUUCAGGUGAUGCAUCACAUAUUACAAGUCCUAGAGAAGAUGGAAGUGGAGCUAUUCUGUCUAUGAGUAGAGCUAUCCGAGAUAGCAAUAUUGAGAAGGAACAGAUUACAUAUAUCAAUGCACAUGCUACUUCAACACCAAUAGGGGAUGGCAUAGAAUCAACUGCUAUAAAGACCCUUUUUGGGCAGCAUAGUUCAAAGAUAUCAAUAUCUUCUACAAAAGGUGCUCAUGGACAUUUACUAGGUGCUGCAGGAAAUUUGGAAGCUGUGUUCACAAUUCUAGCAUGUCACCACGGAGUUAUACCACCAACACUCAAUUUAGAAGAGCCCGUAGACAAUCUGGACUAUGUUGCAAAUGACCCCAGGAAGUGGGAGACUAAAAGAAGAGUUGCUUUGAAAAACUCAUUUGGCUUUGGUGGCACAAAUGCAACACUGUGUAUAGCACAAAUAUAAGCAAAUUGUCAAUAUUCAUGUGGAGCUCAAACAGAUGGUAAACAACCUGUAAAUAGUAUAGGAUCUAAUUUUAAGCAAUAAAAUUAAAAUAAACAACUGUAUAUUGUA